AUGGAAUUUGAAGAAUAUGAAGAAUUUGAGAUUGAACUAGAGGAGGAUUUAGAUAAUGAAAAUGAACUAGAAGAUGAUUUAGCUAAUGAAAAUGAUCAAGAAAAUACUAAUGAGAAUGCAGAUGAAAAUAUAGAUGAAAAUACAAGUCAAAAUAUGACUGAAUCUUCAGAUCCUAUCAAUUCUAAGAGAAAAUUUAAAUCAUAUGUUUAUGACUAUUUUACAUUAAUUACCAAUGAAAUAAAUAUAAAUGCAAUCAUUGUGG